UGAACAAUUGAAUAGGAGAUAGAAAGUGAAGGAGAGAGUGAGAAGGAGAGUGCGAAGAAGAGUUGGAUGCAAAGAUUGUUUUAUCAAGCUGUGCUCUAUAUCGAUAAAUAAAUAAAAACGAUUAUAACCAAUACUAGAGAGGAUUUUUCGAUCAACAGGUCCAUAUUUUUGGAAGGACAAUCGCAAACCCUUUGAAACCAAAUAAGAGAUUUAAUAGAAGAAGCUAAAUUUGGAAUAUCUAAAUCGUUGGGAUUGCUGGUAGGACCUGGUUGGUUACUGGGGCAAAUAACAACACUCACACACACACACAAAAUGUGGACGUGUAUAACAGAUUUCUUCACCUAUGAGACCACCAAGUCAGUGGUGGUGAAGAGCUGGACCAUCGGCAUCAUCAACAGGGUGGUCCAACUUCUUAUCAUCACCUACUUUAUCGGAUGGGUGUUUGUCCAUGAGAAGGCAUACCAGGUCAGGGAUACUGCUAUAGAGUCAUCAGUAAUGACAAAGGUCAAAGGCUUUGGUGUUUACAACGACAAGGUUAUGGAUGUUGCUGACUACGUCACACCUACCCAGGGUGCCUCAGUGUUCUGCGUCAUAACUAAGCUGAUCACAACAGAGAAUCAAGUUCAGGGUUACUGUCCCGAGAGCGAAAUGAAGUAUAAGUGUACUCACGACAACAACUGUACCAAGUUCCUCAACAGACCAGCAGGGAACGGUCUACCCACGGGCAGGUGCGUUCGUUUUAAUGACACCCUGAACACCUGUGAGAUCAGAGGCUGGUGCCCCGCUGAGAUAGACUACAUCAAGACGCACCCUAUGAUGGAGGUGGAAAACUUCACCAUCUUCAUCAAGAACAGCAUCCGUUUCCCUCUUUUCAACUUCACUAAAGGGAACUUCCUCCCCAGCAUCACAAACGCAUAUAUAAAGACGUGUAACUUUGACAUGGUCAACAACACCUACUGCCCUAUCUUUAGGGUAGGAGACGUGGUGCGGUAUGCACACCAGAACUUCACCACUCUGGCCCACAAGGGAGGAGUGAUUGGCAUAAAGAUCGGCUGGAUAUGCGAUCUCGACAGGUCCGAGGAUGAGUGUAGCCCCUCCUACUCCUUCACCCGAUUGGACGCCAUGUCAGAGAAGAACAGCGUGUCCCCUGGUUACAACUUCAGGUUUGCCAAGUACUUUAAGAUGGACAAUGGUACUGACUACAGAACCCUGGUGAAGGCAUACGCCAUCAGGUUUGAUGUACUGGUCAACGGAAAUGCAGGAAAGUUUAACAUGAUCCCCACUCUGAUUAACAUGGUUGCAGCAUUCACCUCUGUAGGAGUGGGCACGGUGCUGUGUGACAUCAUACUCCUCAACUUCUUGAAAGGGGCGGAGCAGUACAAGGCCAAGAAGUUCGAGGAGGUUUCAGACACGCCAAUGGAGUCCUCCGUUUCCCAUAGCAAUGGGUUGUACCGCAGCCAGCUGUCAAUCAGGCAUGAGGAGAGGCAGUCCAGCGACUCAGGAGCCUUCUCUAUUGCACAAUACAGCUGAUGUGGUCACACGCCAAUGGGACGGAGAGUUUCAGUGUGAUGGGUGGGACCACACAGCCAAUGGGACAGAGAGCCUCAGUGUAAGAGGCAGGCAUUCAGUAACGGAGAAAACAGCUAACAUACAUAUAAUAUUGAUAAUUUUGCAUUUUUGCCUGCCAAGAUGUAAUUAUGAAUAAAAAUAAUUGAGUGACAUUUUAUUUUUUUGCAUGCAACCAGUCUCAACAUCUACAGUAUAGUCAGAUUGUUUAUGUGCCUGUCAAUAUAAUUAAUACAAAUAAACAAACAUUUGACAUCCAUA